CUUGUUUAUUUUCUUAUGUUAUAUUCAAUGAAUAAUUAUCAACGUUUAUGAUUCAUUAAUGAUCAUAUGAUCAUUUUAUUUCAGAUUUCCCAGCAGAUGUCGUUAGACCUGUUAAAAAAAACUCCAAAAGUAGAAUUUAUUCUUUUAUUUUGGAGCUGUGACAUCCAAUAGAAGCGGUUGCAAGGCAACAUGUCUGCUCCGUAAGAGAAGAAAACGUGUGAAUUAGAUAUUCUUCGGUUAUUUAAAUCCUAUUCCUACGAAUAGAUGGAAGUUCUAUUAUUACUUUAGAAUCCCGAAAGUAAUCUUUUGUAGAUAAUGAGUUUUUCCGUAAAGAAAACCGGUGGAAGAAUGUGGCACGAAGCUCGGAAGCAAGAGAAAAAAAUACGUGGGAUGUUGGUCGAUUAUCGUCGUAGGGCCGAACGACGUAGAGAUUAUUAUGAAAAAAUUAAAUCAGAUCCUACCCAGUUCCUUCAGCUUCACGGUAGACCAUGUAAAAUACAUUUGGAUCCAGCAAUAGCUGCUGCUGGUGACAGUCCAGCAAAUAUGAUGCCAUGGCAAGGAAAUGAAGACAAUCUUAUAGAUCGUUUUGAUGUACGUGCUCAUCUAGAUUGGAUACCAGAAGCAUCAAAUACUAUUGACGUUGAUAUUGCUCUCACAAGCGAAGACAGACAUAUAAAUUAUGAGCGUUAUCGUAUAAUUGUUCAAAAUGAAUUUUUGGGAGUCGCCGAAGAGAAAUUUUUGCAUCAAAUACAUUUGGAAGAACAAUUUGGUUCAUCUACUAAAGUAGAUGCUUCAAAAGACAAGAAAAAAUCUUCUAACAAUGCUGCUAUAGGUUACAACUAUGAGACAGAAGAACCUAUUCCUGAUGCAACCAAAACUUUAGAUUCAGUUUUACCGGAUGACAAACCUGAUGAUGAAGAUAGUGACAUCGAUUUAGAUAUUUGCGUAGAUGUUUCUCAAAUUGAAUCAACCCAAGCACAUGAGAUGAAUUUAGUUGCUCAAAAGUAUGGACUCAUGGGAGCCGAUUAUUUUAGUUUUUUAACUCAAGAUUUUGAAGAAGCAGAAACAUUAAGACAAGCACGAAAGCAGGAAGAAGAAAAGGCUAUGUAUUCUGGUCGAAGAUCUCGCAGAGAAAGACGAGCAUUUCGAGAAAAGAAGAUGAUCGGUCGUGUUAUGAGUCCACCAAGUUAUGCGGCACGCGAAAGUCCAGAAUAUAAUCCUUAUAGAAAGUCUUCUUCAAAAUCUCGUUCACGAUCCGCUUCGCCUGUAAAUACUGGACAAAUUACUUACAUAACAAGUUUUGGUGGGGAGGAAGAAGCUCACAGUAGUUCUUCUCAUGUAACGUCUUCAAAUUCGAAAAAAGUCAAUUAUUCGCACCUCAAAAGAAGAAAAUCGGAAAGUCCAAUUUCAAACGAAAGGACAAUUAGUAGAAAAUUAUCCAAAUCUAGAUCAAGAAGUUGUUCGCGUUCUGUUAGUAGAAGCAAAUCUUACAGAACGCGUGACAGGAGGCGCAGUGUCUCACGAAUUAGAUCUAGAAGAACGCGAUCGAAACAUAGGAAAAUUCAAAGAUCCAGAACAAGAAGCCGUUCACGACGAUCAAGAACACGUAGUAAAUCUCGAUCUCGAUGUAGAAGUACAAGCAGAUCAAGAUCGCGUUCAGUUUCACGAUCUCGAUCAAGAUCUACUUCGCGUCAACGUCAAAGGAGAUCAAGAAGUUCCUCAUCAAGCACCACAUCGAUAUCAAAAUCUAGAUCAAGAUCUAAAUCGCAUCACAGAAGUCGUUCCAGAGAUAGUUAUCGUCGGAGACGUUAUUCUCCAUCUAAAUCUAGAUCAAAAUCACGUUCAAGAUCUAAAUCACAAACAAGAUCUAGAUCUAGGUCUAAAAGCAAUAAUAGUAAACGAUCGCGAAGUAUUGAGAAUAAAACGCAAACAUUGCCAAGAUAUUAUGGCCGUCGAGGCAAAUCAUCCAGUCUUGAAUUAGAAUUAUCUGACAAAGAAGAAAAAGCCACACCAUCAACACCAAAGCCAACAGUAACACCCACAAGCAUAAACAAGCCAAAGGCAGGGUUAAGUACAAAUUCUGGUGGCGGACACAAAUCUCUGAAAAUAACACCUCAAGAGCGGCUUAAGAAAAAGAUGCAGGCUCUAUUGAAUAGGCAAUAUAAAGCAGACAAGAAGGCAGAACAAUUAAGAAUAGAAAAGAAGGAGCAACAGAGACAAGACCGUGAAGACGAAAUUAGAGAAAUGUCAUUAAAAUUACGUCGAAAACAAAGAGAACGAAGACAUCGAUACGAAGGUCAUAGUUCUGAUUCACGAUCUUCUAUUUCUCGUACACCGAGUCCAGGUCGUAGCCCGAGACAUCAUGUACGUCGAGAUAGAAGAGAAAGAGAUAGAGAUUUAGAAAUAGAUAGAGAGAGAGAAAGAGAUAGAGAUAGAGAGAGAGAAAGGGAUAGAGAAAGAGAUAGGCGUGAUGAAAGGGAAAGGUGCAGGCAAGAAUCCCGAAGGAGAUACAGAGAUUCUCCCCUUCGUUCUUUAAGUCCAAGAAGUAGUCGAGGCUUGGUAGACUACUAAUGCGAGAACUAAGAAUAUGCCUAAUUUGUUAUAAAUAAUGAUUUUAUAUAAUUUAAUAAGAAACUUCCUGUUUACAUUGCAUUCCUUCUUAGAAGUGUGCUGCUUCAGGUUUGGAUUACAUAAUAACAAAAAAUAAAACAAAAAUGUUAUUUGAACAAUGUAUUAUCGUGUAAGCUAUUAUAAAUUUAUUGGAAUCUGCUCUAUAAGUUGAUAUUGUUUCAUUUGCUCUAUUUUAAAACUUAUUAAAGUUGAUUCGAAUAAAAAGAAUCGUUUAUAAAACAA